AUGGCUUCACCCGAGAAAAAAAGCUACCUUGAUAAACGAGACUUUGAACAAGGCCUGAAAGCAUUGGACGAGGAAAUGGGAAAAAACGAAAUGAUUGCGGCAUUUGCUCCUAUUCGCAUGAUUACCGCCGGAGGUUUCCUGGCCGUGAUGUAUCUCCAAAGUAGAAGUUCGACCGGAGAUCUCGACUACCUGCUGGAGCCAGAAUGGGCCAAAGACCCAGAUAUCCAAAGACCACUUAAAGAAGCGAUAUUUAGGACGGGGGAGCGGCUCUUCUUCGAUACGGAGUGGGCGAAUGAGGACGUUGCCUUAUUCGUGACAAGCUCCACAAGGGAGGAGCUCUUUCGUAAGGCGGAGGAGCAGAAUAUCGUCCUGUUCAAAGGGGAAAACCUCGUCCUUUUGGCAGCCCCAAUGGAAUGGGCAGUCGAGCGAAAAAUCAGGAGGAUUUAUGCGGUAGAUCGAGGCCGAAAGGCCGAGUUCGACAUGAACGACUGUCUAGCAAUGCUUAAAUGUCUGAGAGAACGGCAGGAUGGGCCGCUUGACCGCGAAUAUAUCCGUACAUUGAAUGUCAACUCCUUUGAUGUGCUGCCAGAUCAUCAAAUUAUGGACCUCAUCGCAACCGCAUAUCGCGACAAGUACAAUGAGGAGAUAUUUAGAUAG